AUGCCUCAGAAUUUAACAGCCAUUCUGGAGGAGUGGAAAUGUCUGGAGAAAGAGUAUCAAGAGCUUCAGGAGACACACAGAAUGUACAUACAGAAACUGGAUGAAAUUUCCAAACUACAAAACAACUGCUCUUCCUCCAUUUCUAGACAACGCAAAAGACUGAAAGAGGUUUCCCAAUUAGUGAAAAAAUGCAGCACAGAACCAUCAGAAGAAGAUGCUAAGGCCCUGGAUGAAAUCAAAGAGGAAAUAAAGACUCGACCAAAUGCUUUUUUUGAAAUGGAAGCUUUCCUUCCCAAGAAAAAUGGGUUGUACCUCAGUCUGGUUCUUGGAAAUGUGAAUGUGACUCUUUUCAACAAGCAGUCAAAAUUUGCCUACAAAGAUGAAUAUGAGAAGUUCAAGCUGUGCCUCACAAUUAUCCUGCUUCUGCUCUCCUUCAUGUGUUAUUUCUUUGUGAGCUACAGAUUUCUUGAUGCAAUCCUCAAUUUCCUGCUGGUGUGGUAUUAUUGUACACUAACUAUCAGGGAAAGUAUCCUCAUCACCAAUGGCUCCAGAAUCAAAGGCUGGUGGGUUUUUCAUCACUAUGUCUCAGCUUUUUUGUCCGGUGUAAUGCUGACAUGGCCAGAUGGGCAUCUGCAUAAGACAUUCAGGAACCAGUUCCUUGCCUACUCCUUCUAUCAAAGUUUUGUUCAGUGCCUGCAGUGCUAUUAUCAGAGUGGGUGUCUGUACAGACUGCGAGCUCUGGGAGAAAGACACAACAUGGAUCUGACCGUGGAGGGAUUCCAGUCGUGGAUGUGGAAAGGGCUGACGUUUCUUUUGCCCUUCCUCUUUUUUGGUCACUUCUGGCAGCUCUUCAACAGCCUGUCUCUCUUCAGAUUGGCUCAGCUCCCAGACUGUAAAGAAUGGCAGGUCAUGAUGUGUGGUUUCUGCUUCCUCAUUCUGUUCAUGGGAAACUUCUUCACCACUGUUGCUGUGGUCCGCCAGAAGCUCAAAGGCAGGAAUCAGAAACCAAAGAGACAGUGACACUCACUAAUAAAACAUUAUAC